CGCCCGGGCUGUCGGGGGCAGCCAGGACUCUCCAUGGUGAAGAUGGUCAGCCAUGGAAAACAUAUUGCAGUAAUAGUCCAACAGCUUGAAAAAUUUAAUCCUGAAAAUCAGAGCAUGGAAGAUUUCUUGAAUGAAUCAGCUAAGAUGUUGCAGACUGCUAAUGUGACAGAAGAAAAAUUUGUGUUGGAUACACUAGCUGGGUGUAUAGAAUAUAAAUCUUUAUUGGAUGUAGUAGUCAAUGCCUUUUUUGUUCGGGAUGGGAAGUACUGCCUGAUUUCUGAGCGUAAUCUCUAUAUUGUUAUUUGUUAUCUGGCUACUUUUCAACUCGAAGAGCUCGGCUUUCAGCACUUCAGCAGAAUUGUGAAAUCUCUGGACACUGCAAAAAUGCAAAAGUUUCUUAGAUUCUUCUUCAAUGCCUUGUAUUUGAACACUUGGAUAAAAGAUGAAUGGAGUCAUUUCUACGAUUCACAGUAUGUAAAAGAAAAUUGGAUUGAUCCUCUGCUAAGAUGGCAGCCAAAAGUACAGCAGCUGAUCGACCAGCUCACAGCUAAAUUAAAUAAUCAUAUUGCCACUCGCAAGACUUCAAAGGUUACUCAGCCCCAGGAAUUUAAUUUGACUGUUCCGAAGCCACGUGCCAUUCCUGUACCACUGCCAAUACCAGUACUGGAAAAAACACAACCUGUUCCUCCAAGCACCUACAAACCUCCAAAGGAAAAAAAACAGCUAGAGGAAAUCAAAACAAAAAAUCGCAAAAAAGCAGAAGAUCUGCUCUUGAAAGCAAAUGCCAACAAGUUCAGGUGUGCAACUGUGAAGCCUGAAAAGGAAGAGAAUAUAUUUUUGUUUGAACUGCAGAACACACAGGAGAGUAUGAAGAGUAAACAGUCAUUCCAGGCUCAAAAGCCUCAAAGCAAGAUUGACAGUAUACCUAUUAAAUUAAAUGCUGCAGCUAUUUUAAGAGAGGGUGCCCUCUAUCAGCGGAAAAUGGAACAGGAGCUCAAGAGAGUUGAAAAUUUACUACAGGGGGCUAAGGACCCAUCUGAAUUCUUGGAAUGGCAAAAACAGAUGCGUGGAAAAGAUUUGGAAGAGCAGCUAGCUGAAAUAGAGUGUAGGAGGCUCCAAGGGAAACUGAGUUAUGAAGAGGCAGUUCUAGCCCAUCAGAAUGUUAUUCAAGAAAAUAAGAAGAAAGCUGAUCUAAUGAGAGAAAAGAAAGCAGAUCUGAUGCACCAGUAUGCAGAGAAACGUCUCCAGGAACAGAAAGAAAUGAGAGACCUGGUGGAGCAGGUUGUGGAAGGACACAAGAAUGCAAAGCAAGCAAAAAUAAAGCUCCAGAAAUACAAGCAACAGAUAGUUCAGGAAGUUUGCGAAGAGAAUCGGGAACUUCUUAGGCAAGCUUUGGAAGAAGAAGAGGAGAAGCUUAGGAAAAGAUUUGAACUAAUUCAACAAAUACGAGCUCUUGAGUCUUUAUCAAGCCUCAGGCACAAGUUUGUUGAUUUAACUGAGACUGGUGGCCAUGGUUUAAUUUGUGAAAUGUCAAUAGUAGAAUUACGUGAACGCCUCGCUCUACUCAGAGAAGCACAGAAGGCAGCAGAGGAAGAGAAGAGAGACCAGAUAAUUCAUGAAAAACAAGCUAAGGAACAACUUCUUCUAGACAAACUGGACCAGAUUUCUGUGUUCAGAGCAGAACUUGGACGAGCAGCUGCUUUAAAGCAAGAAGAAAAGAAAAGAAAGUCCCAGUCUGGUGAAAGGCCUAUGAAAGAUGAACGCAUUCUAAACCUGCAGAAAAAGAUUGCAGAAAAAACAAUGGAGCGUAAAAAGCAAGCAGAACUCUUAAAGGUUACCCCCCAGAAAACCAGCACCGCAUCAAGGAAGGAUUCUUGGCAAUGGAACCACUGGAAAGAACUGGAAGAGAGUCGGGAAAGGCAGUUCAAGAUCCUUCAAUAUGGCUCCACAGCCAGAGAGCGAAACAGCUCAGAAAAUGUCUACCAAUGAGGCACCAAGAAGUGGAGCCACAGUCUGUAUAUUAAUCUCUGAAGUAAAAUAAAAUAUAUCUGGAACAAAUUCAGGCCUGCUGGAAAUAUCCCAGUAUGCCUAUUUACUACCAAGUUGGAUUUUAACAUUUACUUCACCUUUACAAUGAGAUUACAAAAUUCUGGGUCAUAUAUGCACAACAGAAUAAAAAUGUGUUAAUUUUUUGUAAUAGAAUCUUAUUUUUAAGCUACAAUGAUACUUUUUUUUUUCUCUUUGAAGCAAAUGUUUUAAGAAAC